UCAUACUUUUCCCAUGCCUUCACUAUCCUAGGAAAAGAAAUUGGCCAACCGGUCAGUAUCCUGUGUUGGUAGCUGGUAGGUUGCUAGCUAACCUGCUGAGCUUCCGCCCCUGAAGGCAGCUUAGCCGAGCCGUGAAUGAACCCCGCACCUCAAUGUAUCUCCCGUGGCCGCGAUGGCAGCGACAGAAACGGAGGAUGCUGAAGCUGUUCGGUGCACUGGUUAUCCUCGGACUGGCCCUGGCGUGCAUCACCUCCUGGGUGCUGGACAGCUAUGACACGGCUUGGCACCCGAAACGGAGCGUUCAGCACCCGACUGUCCGUGAUGGGGAUGACUCUAAGGGGAGUUCUCCACCAUUUCCCGGCGGCGAGUUGAACAAUAUAUUCUGGUUUAUACAGGUGUCCGACAUUCACAUUAGCCGAUUUCAUGACCCAAGACGUAUUCCAGAUUUUGAAAACUUCUGCACUGACACAAUUGAAGUGAUUAAGCCAGUUCUAGUGCUUGCAACAGGGGAUCUGACAGAUGCUAAAACAGAGAGUAAGGUGGGUUCCCUCCAGCAUGAGGUGGAGUGGCAGGCUUACCACAACAUCCUGAAGAGGUCACGUGUGAUGGAGCGCACUAGGUGGAUAGACAUCCGUGGAAAUCAUGAUGCCUUCAAUAUUAUUUCAUUGGACAGCGUCAACAAUUAUUACCGGAAAUACUCGGCCAAUCAGAAAGUAGGCUCUUUCCACUAUGUUCACAAAACUCCCUUUGGCAACUACUCCUUUGUCUGUGCGGAUGCCACUCUGACUCCAGGACCCAAGAGGCCGUACAAUUUCUUUGGUAUUCUCAACCAGACUCAAAUGGACUUGCUGGACACGUUCAGAGCUGAGAGUCUGAAAAGCAACCAGUCGAUCUGGUUUGGCCACUACACCACCUCAACUGUCGUCUCCCCGUCUCCAGGAGUUCGGGACAUGAUGAGAUCUGCAGUUGCAUAUCUGUGCGGCCACCUGCACACACUGGGCGGCCUGAUGCCGGUCCUCCACAGCCGACAUCCCCAAGGCACCCUGGAGCUGGAGCUGGGUGACUGGAUGGACAACCGCAGGUACAGGGUUCUGGCCUUUGACCACGACCUGCUGAGUUUCUCUGACCUGAAGUUUGAGCAGUGGCCUGCAGUGCUCAUCACCAACCCCAAGGACGCGCAGUAUCUGCAUCCCGGAGUGGAGCCGCUGGCUCGAAUACGGAGAUCAACACACAUCAGGAUCUUGGCCUUCUCAGAGGCCCCAAUCAAAGCGGUGCAUUUAAGCGUAGAUGGGAAACCUCUGGGGAAAGGCCACGCAGCUGGAGGGCCUCUCUAUGUUCUGCUGUGGGAUCCAUCUCUCUACCUCACUGGACUGCACACUAUCAGAGUUAAAGUGGAGGACUCGGCAGGCCGAUCAUCAGUGCGGGAGCAGCACUUUACUCUGGAGGACGACCUGACUCCCAGCUUUGGUUUCGUGCAGUCCUUCGUCCUCCUCACAGACCACUAUAUCCUGGCCCGAGUGGCCUUCAUUUUAAUCACGCUGCUGAAUGUAGGGGUGCUGCUGGCCUUCAGAUUCCUGCGUAUUCCAUCUGGAAGAGGAUUGACCUCUCAAGCCUGUAUGUCCCUCCAUCUGGUCAGCACAAUGGACACCUUCUACUACUCUCUGCUGCUGUUUAACCUGUGUACAGCCUUAGGUCCGUGGUUCAUAGGAGAGAUGAUAGAUGGCCAUAGCGGUGCCUGCUUCGCCUUUGGGGUGUUCGUCGAUGGACACUUCCUGGAGGGCAGUCUCACUUACGUUAUUGGAGUCGUUCAACUGCUAUUCUUCAACAUGCCCCUCACCUGUUAUCUCUGCUGGUGUCUCCAUCACCGUUGCCGCGGCAACACCUUCCGAUCCCACUUCUUGGGGCCGGGCUGCCGCUGGCGGACUCUGGCAGUUCACCUCUUAAUGCUGCUGCUGUUCACCUGGCAGGUUCACUCCUGCUACUUUCUCUUUGAGACCUACGGCCUUGUGGCAUUUUUCCUGUCUCCAGUCCGCACAUGGGCGUUAGGGCUCAGUCUGCUAUUGGUCUACCGCGCCUGGGCAGGCCCCGUCCCUCUUGUUCGCGACAACAGCAAGGGCGUCUCUCCCUCUUGACAGUAAUUGUGCCGCCACAAUUUCCAUCAAGUCUGACUCAGAUAUAUUCUGCUGUCUCUAUCCAACCUGAAAGCCCCUCCUCCUUUCUUUCUCUCUCUCUCCUCCUUCCAAAAGCCAAUUCACAGUACAUCACUCAAUAUCCUGUUUAAUGAUAGUAUUGUUUACUUAAUAUGCAUGUUAUUGUAAAGCACCGGUGAGCACAUUUCUGGCCAUAUUCAUAGCAAUGUGUGCAAAAUAGCCAAGUAAAAUAGCCUAUUUGAGAGGACUCGUCCAAUGUGUGCCGCAGUUAACAGUAUAUUCUGCUGUGAUUUAAGCUGACUCAUUUACUUGAGCAUUAGCACUUUUUUGGAAGUGUUGCCUAGGCCUAAUGCCACUUCACCACUGCCAAAGGAUGAAUAAGCAAGAUUUCACCUUUUAUUCUUCCCUCUGAAAAUCAUUUUCACUCAGUAAUAUAGGCUGGACGUGCCAAACCGAUCCUCAUGUUCCGACACAAAUUGGGUGGAUAAGAAAGCUUAAUUUUGUAUACUGUAAGCUUUCCUAUUUCCCCCCCAUGGCUGACAGAGCGUGGUAGUGACAAUAACUCUGGUGAAGAUAACCCAGGCAAUGCAUGCUCAACGAUCAAAUUUUCAAGUUUAUUCUACACAAUUACAGGAAAUCAAAUUAGGGAAAUGACAGAUUAAUCAAAUACUGUAGUUGAUCUGUGUACAAGUAGUUAUUGACUACACGUGUUUUUAAUUCAAAUGAAUCUGUUGAAAAUGAAUGAAACCACUGCACACAACUGCCACUUAAAAAUUGUCUCAAUAUUCGCAUUGAAUAGUUAACAUCAAAAACUUAAAUGCCAGUUGCCACCAAAACACAACAACAAGUUGGCCUGACUCUUCGUGCUCCUUCAAAAGUGACUACAGAAGCAGCUGUUUGUUUCUCAGGAAUGUGAGCACUUUAACAAAAGGCUGGUCCCAGUAGUAUUUCAGGACAGUGUUUUUAUACUCCAUAGUAGCUCAGUGAACUACUAAAAUCGAGAUGUGUGGUGGCUAAAAAACAAAAUGAAUGUGUUAUAGAUGUGGUGAAAUAAGAUGAACCAGUACUAUGCUGUUUUAAUAUAUUCUUUCUGAUUGUAUUGAGUGAUUUCUUUUUAUAUUCCCUUCAUGUUAUAUAUCUGCACAGGAAAUGGGUAUUUCUUGCAUUGGAAGUUAAUUGGACCGCUCUGUGUUU